AUGGUGACUGCAAUAGAGUACAACGGAAUUGAUAAUUUACUCCAAUUUGAUUACAAAGAAAACAACAGAGGGUAUUGGGAUCUUGUUUGGAGCAAACCGGACCAUCCACACGACGUUUUCGAUAAGCUCGAUGGCGAUAGUUUCGAAGUUAUAAUGGAAGACGAAAACCAAGUGGAGAUCUCAUUCUUGAGGACAUGGAAUUCUUCAGAAACAGGGCUUCCCCUUAAUAUUGACAAAAGGUAUAUAAUGGUACGUGGUUCGUCCGGAUUUUACUCGUACGCAAUAUUCGAGCGCCUUGAAGGUUGGCCCGACGUUAAUAUCGCGCAAGGACGAAUCGUAUUUAAGCUUCAGCAGAAUCUGUUUAGAUAUAUGGCAGUGUCUGAUGACAGACAACGGAUCAUGCCGACUUCCGAAGACCGCGAUAACGGUGAGGCUCUCGAUUAUCCGGAAGCCGUUCUUCUCACUAAUCCAGCCAAUGAUUUUCUUAGAGGAGAGGUUGAUGACAAGUACCAAUACUCGAGCGAUAACAAGGAUAAUCGGGUCCACGGGUGGAUAUGCUCCGACCCGCCUACUGGAUUUUGGAUCAUUACACCGAGCAACGAGUUCAAGACUGCGGGCCCCGUCAAGCAGGAUCUCACUUCUCAUGCGGGCCCCAUUUCCCUAUCCAUGUUCUUUAGCACACAUUAUGCUGGACAACCGUUGAUUCUCAAAUUCCGCGAUGGAGAGCCGUGGAAAAAGGUCUUCGGACCGGUGUUUGUGUACCUAAACUCGGUUUUAGAAGGCGAAGAACCACUUGCACUAUGGCCUGAUGCCAAGGAACAGAUGCUCAUAGAAACAGAAAGCUGGCCGUACGAUUUCCCAAAAUCCGGCGAUUUCCCUUAUGCCGACCAGCGCGGUACGGUGAGUGGCCGUUUAGUGGUCCGCGAUAGUUAUAUUAGUGAAAGGCUUAUAAUAGCAAGGUCUGCUUAUAUUGGAUUGGCUCCACCAGGUGAACCUGGAUCAUGGCAAAGAGAAAACAAGGGCUAUCAGUUCUGGACUGAAACUGAUGAUAUGGGGUAUUUUUUAAUUAACGGUAUACGCUCCGGGAAUUACAGUCUCUACGCUUGGAUCCCGGGAUUUAUCGGCGACUAUAAAUGUGACAUUCAAAUCGAAGUCCGGCCAGGAUGCAAAAUUAGGCUCGGGUAUAUAAUAUACGAUCCUCCAAGAAACGGACCUACACUAUGGGAAAUCGGAAUCCCUGAUCGUACGGCUGCUGAGUUUUUUGUGCCUGACCCGAACCCUACAUUGAUGAACCAGUUAUACAAUAUCCAGCCCGACAAGUUUAGGCAAUAUGGAUUAUGGGAUCGGUACACGGACCUUUAUCCGGACGAAGAUUUAGUUUAUACGAUAGGAUCGAGCGUUUAUCAAACAGAUUGGUAUUUUGCACAUGUGAAUAGGAAUAUCGGCAAUAAAACGUACGUACCGACAACAUGGAAAAUCUUGUUCGAACUCGACGAUGUGGAUGAAUCAGCUAACUACACUCUCCAAAUUGCUCUGGCUUCAGCUAAUGAUGCUGAGUUACAGGUUCGAAUAAACGACGAGACGACGGAAACUCCGUAUUUUAAGACAGGGCUCAUAGGAAAGGACAAUGCAAUAGCAAGGCAUGGAAUACAUGGAUUGUAUUGGCUGUACAGUGUAAGUAUACCAGGUUCUACACUUGUCUGCACAACUACAAACACAAUCUUGUUGACUCAGUCAAGAGGGUCAACUCCAUGGAAAGGAAUCAUGUAUGAUUAUAUUCGUCUUGAAGCUCCAUCCUCUAAUAUGCAUGCAUAAUUAAAAAAUAUAUAGAUUUUUGUUAUUUAAUUAAAUGCAUUUUGUUU